CGGAAGAAAAUGGCGUCGGCAGGCAGACGUGCCGUUCGAUCGGCCUGCAUUUUACUCGUUUUAUUCCACCUUUCUGCACUGAUAUCGUCAACGAAAGUCGCAGAAGAUGGAUCAUUUUCGUAUUAUGAACCGCCGUCGCACAACAUCGAACGAAGGGCUGUCGUUUCAUCAACACCAGCCGUGGUCACCUCCAGCCAGGCGCCUCCGCCGCCUCCAACGACCACCACCCCUAUCCCUCCAUGGGCUGAUUUCCCCGAGUUUCCGGACAACAAGACUUUCACCGAACAUGAUAUUCUGCAAACCUCAGAGGACCACCACAAGUAUUACAACAGCACCUUCCUUGUUGAUGCCAAGAUAGCCAAGGAGUUUUGGGUCAACAUGGACUCGAGGAAGGACGUGCAGGUCAACAGCAUGCUCUCGGACUCUCAUCGAAGGGCAGCGACGGUCAAGUUGUCAUUUGAAUUUCCAUUCUACGGGCACUACGUGCGGAAUGUGACGGUAGCAACUGGUGGUUUUUUGUACCUGGGUGAUUAUGUGCAUGCCUGGCUGACUGCCACUCAGUAUAUUGCGCCCCUAAUGGCCAACUUCGACCCCAGUGUGUCCAACAACAGCUACGUCAAAUACGUAGACAAUGGAACUGCCUUUACCGUUCAAUGGGAAAAUGUCCAUCUGAAGGAUCGUCCUGAAAAGGGAGAGUUUACUUUCCAGGUGACCUUGCACAAGAACGGCAACAUCAUCUUUGUUUACGAGCAGGUUCCUGUCAAAAUAGAGGAAAUCGAUGAUGAAAAGCACCCCGUCAAAAUUGGUAUUUCUGAUGCUUACAUCGUAGACAAGAAUAUUUUCUUUGUUCGGAAAAAGACAAUUUAUGAGUACCACCGUGUGCACUUUACCAAGAGUGACAUUCUUAACUCGACCAUCAUUUUCUUGGUGGCGCUCCCCACCUGCUCCAUGCUCAAAGACUGCACCACCUGCACAGGUGUCAACAUUGGGUUCGAGUGCCAGUGGUGCCCGACUAUUGAGCGGUGCUCCGACGGUGUGGACCGCAACCGUCAAGAGUGGCUGGCCAAGGAGUGCCACCUGCAGAAUGUGACUAAGCCGACACAGUGCAGUCCCUCCGAACGCCGAAUGUCGCCCACCGUCCAGCCCAUCUACAAUCUGCCCACACAAGAGCCAGCGGCUGAAACUCGACAGGGAGAAGAAGAACAGUCUUCUGGAGGUUACUUGGCUGUUGCAUUUGCUGUUUUGCUCAGUUGCGUGGUGCUCACGUUUGUUGUGUGGGCCGUCUAUGCUUAUCUCAAUCCUCACUCUCCCUCUGGCCAAUUCUUGAUUCGAUACCGACCCAACCAGUGGCAGUGGCGACGAGGUGAGGCGCGUUACAUGGCAGCGACCAUCCACAUGUGAGAUCCUCCUCGGCCAAUUAUAGUUGAAAUCGAUGCGAAUCGGACAGCUUCCUAAGACUCAUUGUGAUUUGAUUGGAGGUCGAGACAAUCCAAAUGGUUUUUGAUCUAAGUCUUCCCGAAUUUAGCUGAGGAGAGAGUGAGUGUGUAUUUGCAAAUUUUUGAGAACGAGCUUAACCAAAAAUAACUCAUUUAUUGUCUGAUUGUAUUUAACGAAGGCAUUCUCACCACUUGUUUUUAUUGCAACGUUGAAAAGACAAUUUUUAAAUGCUGUUUUAAUUGUUACUGAAAAUUUUUAACCCUCUGUAAUCAUGAAUUGAAUCAGAAUUGAAUUUAAGUUCUGCGUGCAAGCGAAUGAAAGGAAGUUGCUGUACAUUAUUAUUUAAUUUUAAAAAUCGGAUCACGUUAAUUCUCAAAAGUAUCAUGUAAUAGAGCUUUGGUCAUUAUUUAAUUUUUAGUUAGCAAGAAAGUAAAAGACGAGCACCGAUUAAUUAUACUUAUAGUUUAUUAUUACUCUUAUUGUCUGUUGAGAAAAGUUUGUGUAAUUAUUCAUGUAAUGCAACGAGAGUGAAAUAAAUUAUUUCGACGAGACUAUUAGCAAUA